UUCAUUGAUUAUACUUUGAACCAAAUUCUCAGACACCAAUCGCGAAGAUGGCUGAACUUGACCUGCAAGAAAUCCACGACAGCCUCGUGGCUAUCGCAUAUGAUGCCGGGCGCAUGAUUCUCUCUGCAAACCCGACAGAUAUCGAUCAGGGAACUAAGCUGAACUCCGCAGACAUUGUGACCGAGACAGACAAGGCGGUCGAGGACCACGUCUCGACGACGCUGCGAUCCAAAUACCCGUCCUUCUCCUUCAUGGGCGAGGAGACGUACCAGCCGGGCCAGAAGCUGACGGACGAGCCGACCUUCAUCGUGGACCCCAUCGACGGCACCACCAACUUCGUGCACGGGUUCCCGCAGGCCUGCAUCUCGCUGGGCUUCGCCGUGCGCCGCCUUCCCACCAUCGGCGUCGUCUACAACCCCUACCUCGACACGUUGUACACGGCGAUCCGGGGCCGCGGCGCCCACGUCACCGUCGGCCGCGCCUGGGGCCUCGAGGGCGGCGCUGGCAGGAAGAGCAGGCUGCCCCUCGCCCGGAGCCCGGCGCCCCUCGCCGGCCUGGACACCGCGCUGCUCGCCGUGGAGUGGGGCAGCAGCCGUGACGACGACAACUAUGAGAUCAAGACCGCCGUGUUCAAGAAGCUGUGCGCGGCCAAGUCCAAGGGCGGCGCCAUGGUGCACUCGCUGCGCUCGCUGGGCAGCGCCGCGCUGAACAUCUGCGCUGUCGCCGCCGGGCAGGUCGACCUCUACUGGGAAGGCGGCUGCUGGGCCUGGGAUGUCUGUGCCGGCUGGACCAUCUUGAGCGAGGCGGGCGGGCUGAUGGCCAGCGGCAACCCGGGCAACUGGGAGCCUGAGAUCGACGAGAGGAAGUACCUGGCUGUGAGGGGGGCGCCGAGUGGGCAGAAGGAGAUUGUGGAGGAGCUCUGGGGAGUCAUCGGUGAUGCGAAGAUGGAGUAUACCAGUUAAUUGGGCCAGCUUGUCUCGAUUAAGGUCAUAUGGCGUCAAGUCACUUGAUUGGCUAAUGCCACAGUGUAUGAGAUUGAUCAUGAGGCGAUGGACACGGAUCGAAAUAGAAGGAUCUGCGGACAAGCAGCAUAGGUCACAAGUACAAACAAGAGAUGGGACUCACCAAGAUAUAGAGUUGCGUUCAUAAUCACUUGUUUCAAAUCUGACCAGCUGCUCUCAAAUGUGGUUUGGCUGAUACGGCACCGGCCGAGAAUGUAGACUGAGUGUCUCAG